AUCCAGUUUCCGGAUAAAAGUACUCUUUCAAUAUUAACAGUUGGUUUGCAAAUAUGAAAGGUAAUAUUUUUAUUUCUUUUUGUUCUCUGGUAAUAUUUCUAAUAGCGAUCGAAUGUUUGGCAACAUCCACAGUUUAUAAAUGUGAUACUAAUAACACUGAAUUAUUAGAAGGUGUAACAAUAGAAAACUGUACGACAUCACGAUGUCCUUUAAAACGUAAUUCAACCAUAAAAAUCGAAAUUAAAUUCAUAACAGAUUUUGAUGUAAAAGAUGUAAUCACUGAAGUAUAUGGUUUAUUAUUUAACAUACCAAUACCCUUGUUAGGGGUAGAUAGUAAAAGUGUGUGCAAUAAUAUUUUUUUGGAAAAUGGAGUAAAAACAACAUGUCCAUUAGCAAAAGGAAAUACUUAUGUAUAUAAGGAUGUUAUAAAUAUAUUGGAAGUAUACCCUAAGAUCAAAAUUGAUGUACAUUGGGGAUUGAAAGAUCCGGUUUCGAGGAGAGUCAUAAUUUGUUUGGAAUACCCAGCAAAAAUUAUAGAUUAGAUAAAUUAAUUUUCAUGUAUUUUUAAAAAAUAAUAUUUUUAAACAAUAGUCUAAUUUGCUACUGAACACUUGCAUUUGCACAAAAGUAUAAAUAUAAUAUCAAAAUAAAAAUACACUAUUCGAUAAUAAAAUAAAAAAA